GCAAAAGAUGUGACAGUACCAGCAAAGCCACCUGUCAGCUUUUUCUCCUCGAGGUCUCCGGUCCUGGACCUCUUCCAGGGUCAGCUGGACUAUGCGGACUACAUUCGCCGGGAUUCGGAGGUGGUGCUGCUCUUCUUCUACGCCCCGUGGUGUGGACAGUCCCUCGCUGCUCGGGCAGAAAUCGAGCAGGCAGCAAGUCAGCUCUCAGACCAGGUGUUGUUUGUGGCAGUUAACUGUUGGUGGAAUCAGGGGAAAUGCAGAAAGCAGAAGCAUUUCUUUUAUUUUCCUGUGAUAUAUCUGUAUCAUCGAAGUUUUGGACCAAUCGAAUACAAAGGCCCCAUGAGUGCUGUUUACAUUGAGAAGUUUGUCCGCCGGGUGAUGAAACCACUUCUGUACAUCCCAUCUCAAUCAGAAUUACUAGAUUUUCUCUCAAACUACGAGCCUGGAGUACUUGGGUACUUUGAGUUCAAUGGCUCUCCCCAGCCUCCUGGUUAUUUGACCUUCUUCACCUCAGCGUUAUAUUCAUUAAAGAAAGAUUACCUAGGAACAGUACGAUUUGGGGUUAUCACAAAUAAACAUCUUGCGAAACUGGUAUCCUUAGCACACUCUGGAAGUGUGUAUUUACAUAGACAUUUCAACACAUCACUUGUCUUCCCCAGAGAGGUCAUCAACUACACAGCUGAGAACAUCCACAGGUGGGCCUUGGAAAACCGAGAGACGCUCUUUCGAUGGCUGUGGCCACAUGGCGGCAAGAGUCUCCUGCUGAAUAACGAGCUGAAGAAAGGACCGGCCCUUUUUUUAUUUAUACCUUUUAAUCCCUUAGCCAAAAGUCACCCUUUAAUAGAUGAGAUCACCGAAGUGGCCUUGGAGUACAACAACUGUCACGGGGACCAGGUGGUGGGGCGGCUCCUGCAGCACCUGCGGCGAGUGGACGCCCCAGUGUCCGAGUCUCUGGUGCCUGAGCCCCCGGCCCAGCUGCCAGACGCACCGCUGAUAGCGGCGUCCCCCUGCUGCAACACCGUGGUGCUGCCCCAGUGGCACUCCAUGUCCAGGACCCACAACGUCUGUGAGCUGUGUGUCAACCAGACGGCCGUGGGCCUCAGGCUGAGCGCGGUCAGCAUGCCGCAAUGUAGCUUUCUUGAGAUGGCUGCAGCGCUGGAUUCUUUCUACCUCAAGGAGCAGGCCUUCUAUCACGUGGCAUCGGACAGCAUGGAGUGUAGCAAUUUUCUGAGCUCCUACAGCCCUUUCAGCUACUACACUGCAUGUUGCAGGACCAGGAACAGGGCCGGGAUGGGCUUCAUUGACUCCGAAGCCCCGAGCAUUGCAUUUUCUUCCCUUGAGAAGGAAUGUGAGGUCAGUACCCCAGGCUCCAUUCCUCACAUUGAGGAGAACAGGCCUCUCUUCCCUGAAGUGGACAUGGACAGCACAGACUUCACAGGCCUGAGCUGCAGGACCAACAAGACCCUGAACCUGUACCUUUUGGAUUCAAAUUUGUUUUGGUUGUAUGCAGAGAGGCUGGGUGCUCCGAGCACCACUCGGGUGAAAGAAUUUGCUGCCAUUGUUGAUGUGAAAGAGGAGUCUCACUAUAUCCUGGAUCCAAAAGAAGCUCUUAUGAAGCUCACCUUAGAGUCUUUCAUUCAAAACUUCAGCGUUCUCUACAGUCCCUUGAAAAGGCAUCUUAUUGGAAGUGACUCUGCCCAGUUCCCUUCUCAGCAUUUAAUCACUGAAGUGACAACCGAUACCUUUUGGGACAUAGUCCUUCAAAAGCAGGAUGUUUUGCUGCUUUAUUAUGCACAGUGGUGCGGCUUCUGCCCAUCCCUCAAUCACAUCUUUAUCCAGCUAGCUCGCCUCCUGCCACCGGACACGUUCACUGUGGCGAGGAUUGAUGUAUCUCAGAAUGACCUUCCUUGGGAAUUUAUGGUUGACCGUCUUCCUACUGUCUUAUUUUUUCCCUGCAACAGAAAGGACCUAAGUGUGAAAUACCCCGAAGACCUUCCCAUCACCCUUCCAAACCUGCUGAGGUUCCUUUUGCAUCACUCAGAGCCUGCUUCUGUCCCCCAGAACUUGGCUAACCCUCCUACCAAAGAGUGUCUUCAGAGCGAGGCAGUCUUACAGCAGGCGCACAUCUCCCAUCUGGAGAGACAGAUCCGGAAGCUGAGGGCGGAAAUCAGCACCCUUCAGCAAGCGCAGGUGCAGGUGGAGGCCCGGCUCUCCAGCGCGCGCAGGGAUGAGCACCGGCUGCUGCUGCAGCAGCAGACCCUGCAGCAGCAGCACCACCUGCUCCAGCUGCACAGCGAGCAGCUGCAGGCCCUGUAUGAGCAGAAGACCCAGGAGCUCGAACAGGUGGCCCACAAGCUCCAGGAGCUGGCCGACGCCUCGGAAAACCUGCUCACCGAGAACGCGUGGCUCAAGGUCCUGGUGGCAACCAUGGAGCGGAAGCUGGAGGGCAAGGUCGGAGCCGAGAACCUCACUCCCCCUGAGGCGGCGCGCUCGGACCGCCCUGAGCCCUCGGGGGCCUCCCAGUUACCUGGCAGCGCCCCUCCGCCUGCCAAUGUCAGCUCCCCGCUGGUGUCCGAAAGGAGCAAUGACAACAGGACAGACUAACUUUCAGAAUGACAUGAAGAAAUCAGAGGUGAAAACUGUACAUUGGGAAUAUAUUUAUGCAAAUUUUAUUGAAAUUUAUUGUAAAUAAAGAUUUUCUCAGUGGUCUAGAAAAUCA